AAUGGAAAAGGAUGUAGAUGUACUUGGCAAAUACAGAUUAGUGUCUAAUAAAUUAAAAAAGCGUUUUCUAAAGAGACCAAAUGUGGCUGAAGGAAUUGAACAGUACUCUGUCUUAUCGAAGUCGUUAAAGGAACAAGAAUGUCAACAAUAUGCUGCCUUUUGUGCUCUUGCGCAAGCAAGGUGUGAGCACACUAUGGUCAAUGCUGCUGGUGAAUCCCAGUCCCUGACGGAGGCUGCUCGUAACUUUCUAGAGGCAGAGAUAGCCAAUCAGGAGCUGAAGUGUGCGAGUUUUAAUGAACAUCUCACUGCAGCCAUUAAUUGUUACAGUCAUGCAAUCAGGGUUCAUAUAGAGAAUAACAGUGCAGCACUGGCAGCUGCCUUGUGUAUAGAGCUUGGGAAUGCAUUAAAGAAGUUAAAUAAACCAGGAGAAGCCAUGGCUCAUUUUCAGAGAGCAGCAGAACUACAAUCACAUAGUCCACUUGAUUGUCUACAGUCAUUAAGUGAAGUAACUUCAUGUAAAAUUGCUAUCAAAGACUACGAUGGGGCACUGAGUGUUCUGACAGAAAUGGCUUACCUAGCACAGGAAAGGGGAGGCUCCUCCAUUACAGGAAGGCCUGUAGGAGCGUACUGUGAUUUCUUAUGUCACUGUGAAGUAUCCCGAGUCCUAUUGUUGAUGAUGCUACAGCCAACACCUCAAAGAAUAAGACCUGAACAUGCUCAAACAUUAGAGAAAUACACCUGGGAUUUUAAUGAAGACAAUUCAACAGUGCAAUAUCUUGGAGAAGACCUAUUUCUUAUGUUACAGUCUGUUGUGAUGGCAUGCCAGUCAACAGAUCUGACAUCUCUACGAUUACUCCAGACAGAGUUAUGGCCCUUGUUAACCACAGAACAGAAUCAUUUACUAUUUCUUGUGAUCCAGGAAUUGUCACACCCAUCAGGGGAAGGGGUCUAAAUACAGAACCAUUUACCAUUUCUUGUGAUCCAGGAAUUGUCACAUCCUUCAGGGGAAGGGGUCUAAAUAUCAGAUACAUGACUUCAGUUAAAUUUUCUAAGUGAAUUAUAGAAGUUGUCCUCUCUUGAUUAGCUUUAUUUGUACUUAUUCCAAUUUUUGACACCAGCUCCUAGACUAAUGUUCUAUCAUUUUUAUACUUCCUAGGGUUAUUUCAUUUAUUGCAGAAAUCACAGCAAUACGGCAAAGCAAAUUUUCUGUUAAUUUCUAUCACGAAAUCAUAUACUUUACAAGUUAAAAAAUCAAUUUUGACAUAUUUGGCUUUGUACAAAACAUUUUUUUUUUUAAUUGAAGAUUUUAUCUGGAAGAUGCUAUGUUUCCAAUAAUUAAAUACUUGAAUAUUCAUUGAUAAAAUUGCACUUGAAACAGUUGAAAGAGAUACAGAUUUUUGUCUAACUCUAGUAUGAUAACAAAGGAAUUUAGUGUACAGACGUAUGUUAUUGUUUAUGCUUGUAAUUGAAAUACCUGUAAUGUGAUUUUCCUAAUACUGAUAUGUGUAUGUGUAGAUAUGAGCUUAAGCCAUAUCAGAAUUAAUACCUGCCAUAAAUGCAGGACUGCACUUAGUGACAUUUCUUUAACGAGUCCCUGAUAUUAUACAUAUUGUAAAUUUCAAUUUUUAUAAUGAGAAUACUUUAAAGUACGCAAAAUGUACUUUUUGAUAAAUUCUGGAAUAGUUGAAAAA